UGCUGUAUCUGGGACAUGGAGGCUGUUUGUCAGAACCAGGCUGAGGUCUUUCCUUUAAGUGGUCGGAGGUGCCGGUCUCUGUCCGAGGACUCAGAAGGAGCCUUUGAGACACCAGUAGAACCAGAACAAGAGGAACUGGAUUGGGAUAAUUUUAGUACGUCCAUACAACAUCGGCAGGAGCAGGAGGCAUUGCAGCAGGCCGAGCAGCGUUGUGCACAGCUGGUCCAGGCCAGGCGUGAGCUGGAGGCUCAGGUGUCUCAGCUUGAAUUGCGCGUGGAGCGAGAAGAGGACGCUAACACUCAACUUGCCUCGCAGAGACACACACUCCAGGCUGAGUGCUGCAGCCUGAGACAGGACCUAGAGGAGUUGGAGAGUGCUCUCAGUGCAGUGGAGAAGGACAAACAGGCUUCAGACUGCACACUGAGAAAGCUCUCAGAGGAGCUCUCCCAAAGGGAGGUACUUGUGCAGAAGUUCCAGAAAGAAAAGGAGCAUUUAGCAGAACUUGGUGAGAAAGCCAUCGAGGACCUUCAGUUUGAGGAGGAGAAGGUGAACCUUUUGACUAAAGAGAAAGCGAAGUUACAGGUACACGUCGAGGAGUUGGCAUAUCAACUGGAACAGGAGAGAAAGCAGCGGACUGAGCUGGAAAGGAAUAGAAGAAAGUUAGAGGGUGACAGUAAGAACACCAUGGAGAACCUCAGCGAGAUGGGCAAGAUGAGGGCCAACCUUGAGGAGCUUAUCAAAAAGAGAGAUGUGGAGAUUAGUGACACCAGCAGCCGGCUGGAGGCCGAGGAGGCACUGAGUGCAGGGCUCCAGAAGAAGAAUAAGGAGUUGCAGGUCCGCAAUGAGGAACUGGAGGAAGAACUGGAGGCAGAGAGAGCAAUGCGAGUGAAGGUAGAAAAGCAGCGUGCUGACCUGACUCGAGAACUGGAUGAUCUGACAGACCGUCUUGAGGAGGCAGGAGGUGUCACAGCCUCUCAGAUGGAGAUGAAUAAGAAGCGCGAGGUGGAGCUGCAGAGACUCAGGCGUGAGCUGGAGGAGUCCUCGGCUCAGGCCGAAACGAUGGCGGCGGCUCUGAGGAAGAGGCACGGAGACGCGCUGACUGAGAUGAGCGAGCAAUGCGAGGGCCUGCAGAGGACUCGCGCCAAACUAGAGAAGGAGAAGCAGAACCUGCUGCUGGAGGUGGACGACCUGGCGGCUUCGCUAGACACCAUACAAAAAGCCAAGGCGUCCACUGACAUGCAGCUGAAGAAACUGGAAGACUUGCUGUCUGAGGCCAACUCGAGGAAUGAAGACCUGCAGAAAGCUCUCACUGAGGUCACGGUGGCCAAGAACAGACUCACAGCUGACAAUAACGAGAUGAGCAGGCAGAUAGAAGAGACGGAGACGAAAUUCAGCCAGACAAGCCGCUCUAAAAGCCUCCUGACUGCACAGCACGAAGAUCUCAAGAAACAAUAUGAUGAAGAAGUCAAGACUAAAGCUGCACUGAGCAGCAGUUUGGUGGCGCUGCGGCAGGAGUGUGAGUCACUAAAGGAGCAAUUGGAAGAGGAACAGGAGAGCAAACUCGAGCUGCAGCGCCUCGUCUCCAAACUCAACAGUGAUGUAACGCACUGGCGGAGCCGCCACGAGGCCGACUCGAUCCAACACAGCGAUGAGCUAGAGGAAGCCAAGAAAAGGUUGCAGGCUCGGUUACAAGAGGCUGAAGAAGCCAUAGAGGCCACGCAGUCAAAGUGUUCCAGCCUGGAAAAAACCAAGCAGAGGCUGCAGACAGAAGUGGAAGAGCUCAGUUUGGACCUAGAAAAGGCUAACAAUGCAGCGGCGGUGCUGGAUAAAAAGCAGCGGAUGCUCGACAAGCAGCUGGGAGACUGGAGACAGAAGUGUGAGGAGCUACUGGCUGAAGUGGAAAGCUGUCAGAAAGAGAGCAGACAGCAUGCUGCCGAGCUCUUCAAGCUCAAAACAACUUAUGAGGAGUCUGUGGAGCAGAGCGAGGCUCUACGCAGAGAAAACAAGGCCAUCCAAGAGGAAAUUGCUGAUCUCGCUGACCAACUUUCGGAUGGGGGGAAGACUGUUCAUGAGCUCCAGAAAAUGAAGAAGAAGAUCGAGAUGGAAAAAGAAGAACUGCAGGCUUCACUGGAGGAGUCUGAAGCAGCAUUAGAGGCUGAGGAGACUAAAGUACUUCGUUUGCAGCUCGAGGUUUCUCAAGCCAAAGCAGACAUUGAGCGCAGACUUCAGGAGAAGGAAGAAGAGAUGGAGGCUGUAAGGAAAAUCCAUCAGAGGGCACUAGAGUCUCUCCAGGCCAGUUUGGAUGUGGAAGUGAAGGGACGAACAGAGGGGGCCCGUCUCAAAAAGAAGAUGGAGAGCGAAAUAAAUGAGCUGGAGCUACAGGUGGACCUUCUCAACAAGAACAACGCAGAGCUGACGAAGACUGUCAAAAAGCUGCAACAACAGAUCAAGGACCUGCAGGUGCAGCUGGAAGAGGAAGCCCGAGUGCACGAGGAACUGAGAGAGGAACAUGCUCUUCUGGAGCGACGCUGCACUCUGCUGGUCACAGAGGGAGAGGAGAGCCGCAGCGGACUCGAAGCAGCAGAGAGAGCUCGCAAAACCCUGGAGACUGAGUUUCAAGAGGCUUUAGAGAAAUACAAUGACAUCAACAACCAGUUACAGUCAGCCUGCAGCGGGAAACGGAAACUAGAGGUGGAUCUUCAGCAGGUCACCCAGGAGCACGAGGAGCUGCAGAAUGAACUGAGAGGAGGAAAUGAUAAGCUCAAGAAAGCUGUAUGUGAGGCUGCACGAGUGGCUGAGGAGCUGCGGGUGGAGCAGGAGCACAGCAUGCAUAUGGAGCGUGUGAAGAAGGGCUUGGAGGCUCAACUCAAAGACAUGACGGUCAGGCUGGAUGAGACCGAGCAGCUGGCCAUGAAAGGAGGAAAAAAGAUUAUUCAGAAGCUGGAAAGCAGAGUGAAGGAGUUGGAGCUGGAAUUGGAAACCGAGCAGAAGAAACACACCGAGACUGUGAAGAUGCUGCGGAAGAACGAGCGGCGACUCAAGGAGCUCCUUUUCCAGUCUGAAGAGGAUCAGAAGAACCAGCAGAGAAUGCAGGAGCUGCUGGAACGGCUGCAGAUUAAAAUGAAAACCUAUAAGAGACAAGUCGAGGAGGCGGAGGAGCAGGCUAACGUCAACCUGACCAAGUACAGAAAGACCGUACACGAGCUAGAUGACGCAGAGGAGCGAGCUGACAUAGCCGAAUCUGCUCUCACCAAGAUCAGGACCAAGAAUAGAGGCAGCUUUGGGAAGGGCUACUCAUCAGGUUACAGCACGCCAUACGCAGGGGUCGUGAGAUCACCCAGCUCUGUUGGCUCAGAGGGCCGUGGCGAGAAAAUCCUCACCGAUGAUGACGAAUCAGUCAGUUCUCUCAUCCCCACUUAUCUCAAUUCCCUAAAAAAACUGAUGAUUGACUAAACAAACCUUUUUAACAUAUGCUGGUAACAACUUUAUAUUCUCAGUAUUAUACAUUUUUCAUUUUCUCGAGAAUUGCACAAUGAAAAAAGUGGUUGCUUUUGUUCCAUACUUCAGGACCCUGGAGCCAAAACACACUAUAUGGACAAAAGUAUUGGGCCACCUGACUUUUUCAGCCAUGUGUGGUUCUUCCCCACACUGUUACCACAAAGAUAGGGCCACAUUAUUGUAUACAAUGUCUUUGGUUGCUGUAGUAUGAAAAAUUCCUUUGACUUGAACUAGGAGACCCAAACCUGUUCCAGCAUGACAAUGCCUCUGUGCACAAAUCCAGCUCCAUGAAGAUUGGAUAUGGUGGAAGAUCUUGAGUGGCCUUCUAUAGAGCUCUGACCUUAAC